CGGGAGGCGGCCUCGGUGUGCGGAUACGUGCUGACCAAGUCGUUGAUCGAAGUGGAUCCCCACGCGGGCCUGACGGUGGGCGCGAUGAAGAAGCGGCUGGUGCGUUGCCCCAUCGUGGUGGCGCCCUCCUGCCCCUUGAUCGACAUCCUCUCCACCUUUCAGCUCGGACACGCGCACCUGGCCCUGGUCAGUGAGGCACCGGAGGAGACUCUGGCCUGCCUGCUGGGCAAGGGCGAGGGCGAGGGCGGGCUCACGCCUGAGAGGAUCGCGCCCGUGGGGAUCAUCACGCUGGAGGACGUGAUGGAGAUGAUGCUCCAGACGGAGAUCUGGGACGAGACAGAUGUCAGGGAGAGGACGGAGAGCGUGUUGACGGCGGAGGAGGAGGAAGAGGAGAAAGAAAUGAGCGUGGUGCCGACAGAGGGGAGACGCGAAGAAGCACAGGGAGCUUCUAGAAGCAUGCGAUCCUUCUCGCUGAGGGCGCACAGGAAGGGACCUGGGGACGGGCCAGGAAGAGAGGGAGGGCAGGA